UUUCUGUUGUCAUCUUAAAUGCGAAAACAUCAUGUCAGAUUUUCGUUUAAAUUUAUCUAGUUACUACAAUUCUGUCUACUUUGGUGUUCAUGGAUUUCUCUGUGAUCAAUUUUGUUUAAUUUCAGAACGUAUUCAGUUUUUUCAAUUGUCUUCAUCAGAAGGAUCUCGUUCUAACAUCACCAUUCCACUAACACAUAUACAUCGAGCUUAUUUUGACUAUGAAAGUGAUGAUUAUUUUUCAAUCCUGGUCUUGGAAAUUGUUCCUGAAUCUGCAAUUAUAAUUAGAGAAACGCUAAAAAUAGACCCGAAACAAAGUGAUUACACAGAAGGAACCAUUCUUGUUGGUGUUCGAUUAUACGAUGAAAAGGGAGACCUUGAAUUCUUAUUUGAAGACAGUUUUUCCUCCUUUGAUUCACUAAUAUGGAGACUUGAGAUAACUCCGUGUCGAAGAGUCGAGGAAUACUUAGAUUUUAUUAACAAUUAUUCUCAACGAUCAUCAUCAACACUGCGGUCGAAUGUUUCAAAACCAAAAUCAACCAGUUCCAUCAUUGAAAUCGAUUGUGAUGACCCUGUUGAAAACCAGUGUCGCUUAAAAGGCUCGACAUCAACUAAUGAUGAUCUUCUCUUCAGAUAUCCACCCGAUGGAACUGAACGUAUCUCAAUUCGCCAAUCGGAUCUUUCUUGUUUGGACGAAGAACAACAUGUAAAUGAAACAAUCUUAGGUUUCUAUCUCAAGUACAUCGAGAGAAACUUAACAGCAUCAGACAUCGCCCAAAGAAGCUACAUAUUUAGUGUAUUUUUCUAUCACAAGCUCACCCAAAGAAAGCGAAAGGCUCAAACUCAGGAUAACAAAUUAAUUUAUGAUCGAUGCUACAAAGGAGUGAAAACUUGGACUAAAAAUGUCAAUAUCUUCCAUAAAGAUUUUAUAAUCAUGCCAAUUAACAAAUCUGGUCAUUGGUUUUUGGUAAUCAUAUGUUAUCCAAGAAAAGUGCCAUCGAUGAAUGAGAUUCUACCUAAUGAAAUGGAAAAAAGUCCCAAAAGACCUUGUAUACUUUUCAUGGACUCAGCUCAAAUAGUUAAUAGCGAGCUUGAAUUUUCUGAACCAAUAAGACACUUUCUAACUAAAGAAUGGGAAUACCUUCAAAUGUCAAAUAAAAACUUCAGUAAAAGUGUAAUGCCUGAUAUUUAUCUCAAGGUGCCUAAGCAAAUUAACGACUUCGACUCUGGAUUUUUUGUAUUACAAUGUAUCGAGAAUUUCCUCAUAAAUCCUGAUCAUUUACUUGACAAAGUUUCCAAAGACCCGGCUAUUAAUCUAGAGGAUUGGUUCUCUCACAGACUGGUUUCGGCUAAACGACGAACUAUUGAAAGAUUGAUUAAACAACAGCGAAAAGCUGAAGAAAUCAAGAAAAAUAGUCUUUGCGAAACGGAUGAUGAAAUUUCUUCUUCUUCUUCUAGCUCUUAUUCUUCUGCUGAUUCCGAAAUUUGAAAGAAUCUACAAAGAUCCUGCUAUUAAUCUAUAAGAUUGGUUUUCUCUUUCUCUGGUCUCUUCUAAACGACGAACAAUCAAAAAUUUGAUCGAACGAAAGUGUAAAUAAUUAGACUAAGGUAUUAAAUGAUAAUCGACAUUUAAUUGUAAAUAAGACCAGAAAAUGAUAUACAUAAACAACUAUGCUGUGAAUUAAUCAUGAACCGAAAGGAUUUUCAAGAGAGAAGAAAAUCAAAUUU